AUGAUGGCGACCCGCGCGGGGCUAACCCUGGCCCUGUGGCUACUACUGCCGCCGGUGGGAGAUGCAUGGGCAGGACCCCCGCCGAUCCAGGACGGCGAGUUCACGUUUCUGUUGCCCGCGGGCAGAAAGCAGUGUUUCUAUCAGUCUGCGCCGGCUAAUGCAAGCCUCGAAACAGAGUACCAGGUAAUCGGUGGUGCGGGGCUGGACGUGGACUUCUCCCUGGAGAGCCCGCAGGGCGUGCUGCUGGUCAGUGAGUCCCGCAAGGCCGAGGGCUUGCACACGGUGGAGCCCACGGAAGCCGGGGAUUAUAGGCUGUGCUUCGACAACGCCUUCAGCACCAUCUCUGAGAAGCUGGUGUUCUUCGAACUCAUCUUCGACAGUCUCCAGGACGAUGAGGAGGUCGAGGGCUGGGCUGAGGCCAUGGGCUGGGCUGAUGCCGUGGAGCCAGAGGAGAUGCUGGAUGUCAAGAUGGAGGACAUUAAGGAGUCCAUCGAAUCCAUGAGGACUCGGCUGGAGCGCAGCAUCCAGAUCCUGACCCUGCUGCGGGCCUUCGAGGCCCGGGACCGCAACCUGCAGGAGAGCAACCUGGAGCAGGUCAACUUCUGGUCAGCUGUUAACGGGGCUGUGCUGCUGCUGGUGGCCGUGCUGCAGGUGUGCACGCUCAAACGCUUCUUCCAGGAUAAGCGCCCGCUGCCCACGUAG